ACAAACAUUUGGUCCGGGUACAAAGUCAACAUUCGGUCACCUACAAUAAUUUUAACUUGCAGCGUUAAAAAAAGCAGAAAUAGUUAAUUUAGUCUAAGGAAUAGGAUUUUAAAUGUGGCUUCAUUUUGCUAUGCGAGCAUUGUUUAGUAUGUUUGCGGCAACUUCAACACAGAGACCUGUCGUCGUGAAGCCUGCUUUAAAAUGGCUAAAAUAUGACAAACAUGUCGGCGAAUGUGUGUUAAAACUACAAUUUUUGGUUAAAUGGAGGAGGCGUCGAAGAAAUAUUUGAACACCUGAGUGUGACUGCAGUUUGGCUAAAUGCGAGCAGGAAGCAGAGGAAGGAGGAGGGUUCAGGGAAAAACUUGCCGCAGUUGAACACUUGUGCCUCCCCGGCUCAUGUUUGCCCAUGUUCGGCCACACAAGCGCAAACAAGUCGGUUAAAAAUAAUAGCACCAUACCUUCAACGUGUUCCGUUGAGGCGAGAGUGAGCGGUAUAUCCACAAAAACACGACCCCGGCUUGAGUGUAGCUACCGCGGCCGGUUGUCCUCACUGCAGCCGGGGAGGACAAGACAAGUUCAUCCCGUUCUUGGAAGCCCUGCAGCUGGGAGAGUUUCCUCCUUUUCCCCCUUCUCCCGAAAUCAGCCUCUUUCUCUCGGAUAUCCCGUUCCCUAGUCCGUUCGGCAUCAAACCAUCACAUUCCACCGCGUCCUCAACAAUGAAAAAGGUGGCUUUUCCUUUUUUUUCUUUCCCCGCUGUCGCCGGAGGAAGACCCACCCCUCGGGAUGGCUCUGCCCGCUCUGACCGCAAAGAGAACGCCCUUCCCCGGCUGUGCGGUCCCGCCUCUCCACCCCCUUCCUCCACACACAGGAGCAAGUCAAGCCGGUGGAGGAUUCCAAGAAGUCAUCAAUGCAAAAGUGCAAAUGCAAGUUGUGAACCAAACGCAUGGACAGCAUGGAACACUACAAAGACAUUUGCACCUCCUUCCCUUUUGACACUUGAUGCACGCCUUCACUUUGACUCCCACACACGCUCAGAUAAGCAGCAAAGAACCAAGACACUGCCUGUUGUGUGUCGUCUCUGAACUGAAAGCCACCCGAUGCAAGAAACCAUGACAGAAAUGUGGACAGAAGUCUCACCAGGACUCAUGACCAAGACCUUUACAGCCGCCAAUAAUUCUAACUUCCUGGACUCCCCAUUCCGUUAUCAGCUCUUCCCAGCCGCUUAUGGCAUCAUCUUUGUCCUGGGAUUCUUUGCUAACAUCUAUGUGUUGUUUGUACUGCGCUCCCUACGAGAAGCUAAGGCGAUGGGAGAGAUUCGGAUCUACAUGACCAACUUGACCAUUGCUGAUCUUCUUUUUGUGUGUGCGCUCCCCUUCUGGAUUGGGUAUUACAGUCGCGAAGGAACUUGGGUCUACAAAGACUUCUUGUGUCGACUGACAGGAUCGUUGUUCUUCAUCAACACCUACUGCUCCAUUCUGUUCCUGGGUGCCAUCAGCGUCAACCGAUACUGGGCGGUCACUCGGCCUCUGGAUGCGGCGUCAUCAGACCACAGGCGUCGUGGGAUCGCCGUGUGCGUGGUCAUCUGGUUGAUGACCGUCUCCAUGGCUGUACCGUUCCUUGCAAAUCCGGCCACCAACCAGGAUGGAAAUGUCACUCGCUGUUUCGAGGGAUACCAGAAUGACAAUGAUUCUUCCAAAAGAGCAACAGCUGCAACCCAUUUCGCAAUUAUCGGAAUGUUUUUUGUCGUUUUUGCACUCGUGGUGGUAUGCAACCUUCUUAUCGCUCGAGCAUUGGUUUUACAUAAUGUUCCUCAAUCCGAAUUCCAUUCUGGGAAAGUUCUAUCCAGGAAGUCCAACAUGACAAUCUCGUCUUCCAGAAGGCCCACAGGGGUCAAACGGAGAGCUGUGCAAAUGCUAAUGGCUGUGGUCGGCGUAUUUGUCGUGUGCUUCCUGCCUCAUCAUGUCGUCCAAGGAUUCUGGACGCUAGCAGCACUGCAGAUCCAAGAUGGAUGGGGCCAUGUGGAUUGGGAUCCAGAAACAGUGCAGGUGCUGAAUGAUGCCCAUCAGAUCACAUUACUUCUCAUGGGCCUCAACUGCAUUCUGGAUCCCGUAGUGUACUGCUUCGCCACCAGGAAGUUCAGAAGGUUCAUCAUGGCUCACCUGAAGAAGCUGGCAAAGGGCGAGGGCUGCUCCCACACGGUCACCUCGCAGAUCUCCUUGGACAGCAGGCACCAGAGCCACAAACUCCCGGGCGAGCUCAAUCAGCCUGAAUAAUUCAAACUGAUAAGUUUGACUUUGGGAUUAUGACAGAACUGCAAUGGGUGACACCAAAAGUUUUUUGUCCAUCCCAUUUGUUAAUAACAGAUUGUAAAUAAUCAUGACAUUUCCAACCUUUUUUGUAAAGUUUUGUAAACACUUUCAUAAUGUGCGAUCCCCAGACCGAAUUGCACAAAUUCGACUUCCUGUGUGAGGCGCUCACUCAUACACAGUCACAGAAAAGCGGAAGUUUUGCAACCAGAAGUCUGUGUGAUGACUUUUCUGAUGAGAAUCAACCAAAAUGAGUCAACAAGACACACAAACACACAAACAAUUAUCUUUGUUUCACUGGGAUUUUUGAGUGUUUUAUUACUGCAUAGCACAUAUAGUGAUGAAUUUACCAACCGUAAACACAAUCUGCAAGAGUGGUUUAAUAUACAUAAAUCAGUUUAUGAGGUAUAGUCCACAUUAAGGUGAUCUGUCUGCCUAAGCAAGGUUUCCCAAACUGAGGGUUAAGGCCCAAAAUGGGUCACAGGUCAAUUUUUGUCUUGUGGAAAAAAAUGGAAGAAUUCCAGAAAAGAAAUACCUGAAGAAAUUUGUAACAUUACCGGAAAAAAGGCAAGUUUAAAUAAAUUACAAGGAUAAAGUUUCUUCGCACAUAGCUUUUUUAAUCUGUGUCCUUGAUUGAUAGUUUAUGUAAAGUGUUUGUUUAUGUUAU